AUGCUUGACAGUUUCCAUCUUACAGCGACCGGGUAUAACAUUAACUACCUCCCACAAUACAUUGCAGAAAGGCAUGGCUUCUUCGCCGAUCAAAACCUGAAAGUCACCACAACAAUCCCAACACCUUGGGACGGCGUCCUUGAUGCCCUGGCUGAUGGCUCCGCGGAUAUGGCGCUCGGCGGUAUCUGGGUUCCGUCUAUGUAUCGUAACAGAGUACAAGACUACACGGUUUUCGCGCAGAUUGCGAACCGGUGCCCGCUGGCCAUGCUAAGACGAUCCAGCAGCGAGGCCUUCAAAAUCUCUGAUCUCAAGGGGUCAACCAUCCUCAUGAAGUCUAUCGGUGGUGCUAGUUGCGGCUUGUUCACCAAAAUGUGGCUGCGAGAGAAUGGCGUCGACCUUGCAUCAAUCGACUUCAUCCAAGACCUGGACGGCGUCAUGCUGGGAAAUCUAUUCCAGGGCGGCAUGGGUGAUUUCUUCGUGACGGAUAAUCUAUCCGCCAUGGCUAUUGCCUCACGCAACCAUGAAAUCUCUAUUGCCAUGGAGAUGGUUACUCAAGGAGAAGUGCCUUGGAGCGUCUACUAUCGCGAGACUUCUACCAUCACUCCCAAGGUCCUGGAUAUGCAGAGAAGAUUCUGCAUCGGAUUGAACAGGGCCAUUCAAUGGGUUAAUGAAACCGAUCCGGAGGCGUACCGUGCCGAGCUCGCCAAACUGUUCCCCAAAGUCCACGUGGACGUGGCCAUCAAAGUAGUGAAUUCCUUCCGUCAGAAUGGCAUGUGGACUGGCGCCAAGAUCCCGCGCGAAGCCUUCGACAGGUGGCAGCAGGGGUUGACUGAUGCACGGUUUGUGGACAAGCCUCUACCGUAUGAGUCGAUCAUGGAAAAUGGACCAGCAGAGGCUGCGGCAGACGAAGUUGUGGGACUUACGACAUAA